AUCAAGUGAGUCUGUGUCAUGGGUAAACUUCUAGUCUUGACGUAAGCCAAUGACCUAGAUGUUCCAGUGGCUAACUCAUAAGUGAUAAUUAUUACCCAACCAUUGAUGCACAUUAAGAAGCUCCGUCUCAUCCAGUUUAGCUUCAAUACAAUAUUGAGGUGGUUAAGUGUCCAGACAGCCACGGGGCACUCGUGUUAUCUACGAUGCGAGCACAAUACAGUAAGGGGAACAUAGAAAGUAAGUCUGUUUCCGAGACUAGGUAAAAUGGAUUGGGCUAUGACCAAGCCGAAGAACAGAUGCAACACCUCUAGUCCAUAUGGCAUGGUUGACUCACCUCAUAUCAGCAACUUCACAAGAAGCCCACGAUGCUUGUGAAGAGAAAGUCGACGCGGACGACGCAGAGGUCACAAGGUAGCAAAGAGGUCGAAAGCGGGUGCCUCCAGCCGAUUGGGACGACCCUGCAGCCGGGUAGCGGCGGCCUCCGGUAGAUGGCUAGCGCUGCAGUGCACCCCUGGCACUGGUGCAUUCCGCUGCCCGCCUGGGCCCCAGGCGCCUAUCGUUGCGGGGGGACCGGCGUCGUCGAACACCGAAUCUGGACCGCCAGCUGCCACACGACAGCGGGACCCAGUGAUCCACUUGGUCUCCAGGGCGGUUGGAAUGAAUCCAACAUCACAUUUCAUCCGUCUUCCUUCUCGUUACUCACCCUGCCAACUCUGACUGCAUACCUUCUUCACGUCUCUCAUCUAAUUGAUUCGAACCCCGAACCCUCCAAAUACCAUCACGACACUCCUACUUAUAGGACUUCGUCCGGGCCUCACGAGAACGCACCUAUUCGCCUAGUGAACCGGCCGGUUGACCAACUAACUACCCCUCUCCCGCUCAUCCUUCGACUCCCUCACCUUCGUCUUCACGACCAACCUCCGUUCUAGCACAAGAUGACGACGAGAUACAGAGUAGAGUACGCUCUCAAGACCCACAGACGGGACCAGUUCAUAGAAUGGAUCAAGGGCCUUCUCGCCGUCCCCUUCGUUCUCUACUCCCAACCCACCGGGGUUUUCGACACGAGAGCGACGAGCAUCGCCCACAUGGCCGAGGAAUCCCACCGUCGCUAUGCCGAGAUCUUCCGCGAUGUCGAGCACAUGAUUGACGACCACUUCACCCGCCAAGCCGAGGCAAACAACCUCCCCUCCAAGCUCAAGAUGCUCGUCCCCAGCGCAGGGCCCUUCUUCACCCGUCUGCCCCUCGAGGCCGCCUUCAACCACAUGGAUACGCGCCGCCUCAUCUCAUCACGCCGCUACGUCUCGCCGUCCUUCAACGACGUCCGCCUCAUCCUCAACGCCGCCCAGAUCAUGGCCGUCACCGCCACCCCCGACUCCCCGCUCCAGCUCGCCACCUUUGACGGAGACGUCACCCUCUACGACGAUGGCGAAAGCCUGGAGCCCUCGAGUCCGCUGAUCCCGCGUCUGUUGGACCUCCUCCGCAAAGACAUCAAAAUUGGCAUCGUCACCGCGGCAGGCUACACGACAGCGGACCGCUACUACGCCCGCCUCCACGGCCUCCUCGACGCCAUCGCGGCCUCCACAGACCUGACGCCGACCCAGAAGGAAUCCAUCGUCAUCAUGGGCGGCGAGGCCAACUACCUCUUUGAAUAUGCCCCGCAGUCCCCGCACCUCCUGUCCCCUGUGCCGCUCGAGCAGUGGCUCACGCCCGAGAUGGCAGCUUGGUCCGAGUCCGACAUCACGGCGCUCCUCGACGUCGCCGAGGCCGCCCUGCUCGACUGCGUCAAGACACUCAACCUGCCCGCCACGCUGCUCCGAAAGGACCGCGCCGUCGGCAUCAUACCGACGGACCCCUCCAUCCGCAUCCCCCGCGAGUCGCUCGAGGAGACGGUCCUGGUCGUGCAGAAAAUUCUCGAGCUCUCGGCGCUGGGGUCCGCCGCGCGGGCGCCAGGCGGCGGGGACUCUCCGACCACCGCCGGACCCCGCCCGCGGGUACCCUUCUGCGCCUUUAACGGCGGCCGCGACGUCUUCGUCGACAUCGGCGACAAGUCGUGGGGCGUGACCGUCUGCCAGCGGUGGUUCGCCGCCAAGGCGGGCCGCGCCGAGCAGCCCAUCGCCGGCGAGAACACGCUGCACAUCGGAGACCAGUUCCUCAGCGCCGGAAGCAACGACUUCAAGGCGCGUUCUGUGGGCACCACGGCCUGGAUCGCGAGCCCGGCCGAGACCACUGAGCUGCUGGACGACCUGAUCGCGAGGGUGUGAAGGGAGAUGGUCUGCGGGCUUGCCGACGGCUGCCGGUCCCCGCGGAGCGUGGGAAACACCGAGAAACCCCUUUCUCGAGUCGGUAGGAGGAUGAUGAUGGAUUCGAGGAAAAGGCGGUUUCGUGAGGGAGGAUGUGUGAGAGAUAUAUAUAUGUACUCGGGACGCGGCACGUACGGAUCCAGAUCCGUAUCCUCUAUGUGGACUCCCGCCAUCCCCCGGAUUCGAGACGUGCAAAAGAGAAUGGCUGGGGGGCAGGACGUCAAAGUCAUGGGGGUGAUGCCGCCGAGAAAAAGGGUUUCGAGACACAAGAGGAGGAAAGCGCUCGAUCAGGAAACCCCGGUGGGAAGCCGAUGGCCCAGAGACGGGCAUGUCUUUCUUUACCUUUGGUCUUGGUCAGGGGAUGGAACCGCCAAGUCAGUUCCCCCCUCCCGACCUUUUUGUCAUCGUCAUUCGAGAGGCGCAGCUGCAUUUUUUGGGUUUGGGCGGAGAACUGGGAGGGAGGGAAGGUUGCAUUUGCAUGUUGCAUAUCUUGAAUCGACGCCAAUUUUUGGUAUUUUACGAUUUCAAACAUAAGAAGCCUGUUCACGUUGACGGACGGAAGAACUCUGUCGGAAAUCAACGUGCGUCAGUCAGCGUGUGAAGUCGAUCGUCUAUCUGGCCAGUCUCACGGAAUGCACCAGCAGACGGAUAGGAUAAUCUCUUGCUUGACAUAAGACGGCCACGAGAACCGCGCUAGCAAUGUUUAUUUGCUUGACUAUGUCUAGUGCAUUGCUCUUUUGCAAUCAACUCCCAGAGACCAAGCACCGGCCGCCUGCAGCUGCUGCCAUGUCAAUUUAAAGAUACCUCGGCCAAAGGGUCAUCUCAACGCCCUCUGCCUCCAUCAUCGACGCCUUUCGCGCCAGUCUUUGCCUUUUCAUACCCGCCAUCCGGGUCCAGGUGAAUGCGCCUCUGUCGACCUCCGUAUCCAUUGAAAACAACCAAGCCAAUUCGUGAGAAGGAGUUUCUAUCCUCCGGGGGGUAUUGUGCAUUUUUGUGUAAACACCGUGAAGUACGUUCCUGAGAAAAAUCGAGCGAUACUGCUCCGCAGAGUGAUGGGAGCUCCAUUUCCGCCCAGCCAUCCAUCCUGUCUAUGCCGUU